CUCACACGCAAUUUCUAUUGUAUAUAUAUUGUAUGUAAUGAAAUUGCACCCCCUCAUGAAUAGCCAGCUCAAAUAGCUUAUAAUAACAUCAUCAUGAAGUCUAAUGCGGUAUGUUAGCUUUAGGKAAUACAAUCCAUGUCAGGCGAUAGAGUUAAUUUAAGGUAGGUCCAGAUAGUCGGUUACUUUUUAUUCAAUGAUUUAGGACUGUUUCAUUUCCUGAGCUCUGAAGCCAGUACCCUUCUUGGCGUCAGGCGAGUAGCCUGAACUGGUCUAGCGAUGCGCACAGAGAGCCAAACCUGAAACCGCCCAUUGAGAGGGAGAAGGGAUUCUUGAGCUCCGUGCAUUCAGGUGAAUAAAGGUGGACUCUGGAAAGCAGAAUUGAAAGAGGAGUCUGAUGAUGUGCCAAUGUUUAUGACAAUAGACUUGAUGCCAUAACAGCUAUCAUUGAAAUUCUCCCGUGGCCGAUUGGAUUGACAGAAUAGGUUAGGAUGCCCCUUGGAGAUCUAGAGGACAGGAAUGGAUGGAAAAAGAAGACGUCGGACAUCAAAGAAAACUAUGACUUCAAAGAAGUUCUGGGAACGGGGGCGUUCUCGGAGGUGGUGCUAGCGGAGGAAAAGGGGACCCAGAGGCUGGUAGCCAUCAAGUGCAUCCCAAAGAAGGCUCUGGAGGGCAAGGAGAACAACAUUGAGAAUGAGAUCGCUGUGCUGCACAGAAUCAAGCACACCAACAUUGUUUCACUGGAGGACAUCUUUGAGAGUACAUCCCACCUGUAUCUGGUCAUGCAGCUGGUGUCUGGAGGGGAGCUGUUUGACCGCAUCGUAGAGAAGGGUUUCUACACAGAGAGAGACGCCAGCCAACUCAUCCACCAGAUCCUGGACGCUGUCAAAUACCUCCAUGACUUGGGCAUCGUACACAGGGACCUAAAGCCAGAGAAUCUGUUGUAUUACAGUAUGGACGAGGACUCUAAGAUAAUGAUCAGUGACUUUGGCCUGUCUAAGAUCGAGGACACGGGCAGUGUCAUGUCUACUGCCUGUGGGACCCCAGGAUACGUGGCUCCUGAGGUGUUGGCUCAGAAACCGUACAGCAAAGCAGUAGACUGCUGGUCCAUCGGAGUCAUCUCCUAUAUUCUGUUAUGCGGAUACCCUCCGUUUUACGACGAGAACGAUGCUAAGCUUUUUGAGCAGAUACUGAAGGCAGAGUAUGAGUUUGACUCUCCGUACUGGGAUGACAUCUCCGAUUCAGCUAAGGACUUUAUCUGUCACCUGAUGGAAAAAGACUUUAUGAAGAGAUAUACCACUGAUACAGCACUUCAACACCCCUGGAUCUGUGGAGACACAGCUCUUGAUAAGAACAUCCAUGAAUCUGUCAGUGCUCAGAUCAAGAAGAACUUUGCUAAAAGUAAAUGGAAGCAAGCAUUCAACGCCACAGCAGUGGUGAGACACAUGCGGAGGCUGCAGCUGGGUACCAGUCUAGAGAGCCCCAGCCAGAUCACCCCCACAAGCCCCUGUCAUGCCCACGCACUCCUGCUGCAGGAGGAGGACAAGGAGGAGGAGGGACCAGGGAUAGAGGAGGAGGAGAGCUGUAAGUGAGACAAACACUGAGCUUGUCCCCCACUCAG